AUGGCCGGUGUUGCAGGCAUGACUACUGGUGAAGGGGCACCACUUUUGGCUCUUAAACUAUCAUCUGCUCUUUUGUUUUCUGCAGCCCCCGGGAUGCUACUUGCUACCAACAAAAUCCAACCCUCACAACUUGCCGAGGAACAAAGAAAUGCUUCAAGUGGGGGUGGGAAAUGUGCGAGCUUUGGUUGGUGGGAAGGAUUUGAGGUUGCUUUCGAGGUGGGAAGGGAGGACGGAGUUGGUGAUCCUGACACAGUUGAUGGUAGAGAGUUGGUCAACACGCAUGCAUCUUGGGCCAGUGAAGGUGAUCCCACCGACAAUGCUGCUGAAGGUAGCCGUACCGAGAAGCCUCUCCCCGUGCAGAUUCUCGAGAUGAAUCAGGCUUAUGCAAAUUCAUCAAAUAAUUUAGAAAGUCAUGUCCACAAAGCAAAUCAAUAUACUACUAAUCAUGCUUUCAUGAGUGACUACAAAACCACUACUAAGCACACCACUCCAAGUGCAAGAAUGUCUUCAAACGACAACCCUUCAACAAGAUCACCAAGAGCAAUAGCAGAAGCUGCAAGAAAUUUUAAUGUACCUACAAAAAAAAGCAUUCUAGGUGACCAUAGAAGUGGCAGUAGUUCUCGUAGUGAUAGUUUGGAGAGCAUUUGCAGUGCACAUAUUAAGCCUCAUACUGGAGGUGAUGUGAGGUGGGAUGCAAUUAACAUGGUUUCUAAGGGUAAUGGUCUUGAUCUCAGUCAUUUCAAGCUUCUAAAGCGUGUUGGAUAUGGUGAUAUUGGAAGUGUGUACCUUGUAGAACUUAAAGGAACCAAAGCAUUCUUUGCCAUGAAAGUAAUGGAUAAGGCAGCACUUGCUAGUAGAAACAAGCUUUUGAGGGCACAGACAGAAAGAGAGAUUCUUGGACUUCUUGAUCACCCUUUUCUGCCAACUUUAUAUUCUUAUUUUGAGACUGAUAAAUACUAUUGUCUGGUCAUGGAGUUUUGUAGCAGUGGUAGUUUGCAUUCUCUUCGAAUGAAACAACCUAACAAGCAUUUCACUGAAGAAGCUACACGGUUUUAUUGUUCAGAAAUUUUGUUAGCCUUGGAAUACUUGCACAUGUUAGGCAUUGUGUAUAGAGACUUAAAACCAGAAAAUGUUCUAGUUCGAGAUAAAGGUCACAUAAUGUUAUCAGAUUUUGACUUAUCUCUUCGGUGCUCUGUGAAUCCUACACUAGUGAAGUCCUCAUCUACACAUGAAAGUAGUAAUGGUCCUUCUGGAGGCAUUCUAAGUCAUGAUCAAACAAUACAUGGUUGCAUGCAGCACUCAAGUUUCUUUCCACGGAUUUUGCCUUCAAAAAAGAAUCGCAAGACAAAGUCUGAUUUUGGCCUUGUGGUUGGAGGAUGCCUCCCUGAACUAAUGGCUGAGCCUACAAAUGUGAGGUCAAUGUCCUUUGUAGGGACACAUGAGUAUCUUGCACCAGAGAUUAUUCGUGGUGAAGGACAUGGUAGUGCAGUGGAUUGGUGGACCUUUGGAAUCUUCUUGUAUGAGCUUUUGCAUGGGAUAACACCCUUUAAAGGUGCUGGAAACAAAGCUACCCUUUUCAAUGUUGUAGGACAGCCCUUAAGGUUUCCAGAAAAACCAGUUGUUAGCAAAGUUGCAAGAGACCUUAUAGAAGGGUUGUUGGUGAAAGAGCCUAAAAAAAGAUUUGCUUACUACAGAGGUGCCACAGAAAUAAAGCAACAUCCUUUCUUCCAUGGAGUGAAUUGGGCUCUUGUUAGAAGUGCUACACCUCCUAUUAUACCAGAAUCUUUUGAUUUUUCUAAGUACGAUAGAAAAACAGAUGUUCCACCAAUGGAUAAGAAGGUUACAGAUAUUAUUGCAAGUGAUAAAAGCAAUCAUACACAACCAGAUUCAUCUUAUGAAAAUUUUGAGUACUUUUAA